AUGUUUGGGCGUAUCCCGGCCGACCAGCAACUCCAGUCCCAUAAUGAUCCAUCGGGCUCUAACCCGGCGACAUCCCCUGCCGGGUCGAGCAUCAUCGAUCCUUUACCCCCGUUACAACGAAGAGGAUUAAUUGCAGUUUCGUCUCUCGCCUCUAUUUCAUUAGUUACGACCUUUCUACUUCUGCUUUUCCUCACCUAUCGGUUGAUUUUUUGGCGCAGAUACUAUCGACGAUAUUACGGUCACAACCAAUACGUCGUCCUCGUAUACAACCUGGCGCUCGCAGAUUUCUUACAGGCCCUCGGGUUUCUCGUUAGUCUACGCUGGAUUACCACCAACUCCAUUCAUGCAUCCGAUGCAUUAUGCUUUCUUCAGGGCGCUUGGCUUCAGAUUGGGAAUCCUAUGAGUGGGAUGUUUGUGCUUGCCAUUGCCCUAUAUACCUUCCUGCGUAUCACCAUGGGCUAUCAGCUUAGUCACCGGAUGUUUGUGAUUACGGUCGUCAGUUUGUGGGUGUUUGGCGUGGUGAUGGUCAUCAUUCCAAUAGCAGCCGUUGGUCGUUAUGUCUGGUUCCCUGCAGUCGCAUGGUGUUGGAUUACAACUAAGCACCCAGCGUUGCGGCUGUGGACACACUACUUCUGGAUCUUUGCCGCGCAGUUCUUCGCGGUCCUGCUCUAUGCUAUCAUUUUUAUUCGGCUUCAGCGCCGAAUCGCCGAAUGUGUGAGCCUUGGAGGACGCAACACAAACAGUCUUCGCCGCCUAAAGCGGGUCGUUGGCUACAUGGUGAUAUACCCAGUCGUUUUUGUUUCCUUGACAUUACCUCUCGCUGUUGGAAGGAUGGCGUCUGCGAGUGGCCACACUCCCAGCGUUACAUACUUCUGUGUUGCAGGGUCCCUCAUGACGUUGUCCGGUCUGUGCGAUACACUCUUGUAUACCUUGAACAGGUGGGAUUUGGUCCUAAAUGCGGCAACUCCCACUUCAUCCGGACGAUUGUCUGUCACGGAGAGAAAAAAUUCCCUUAUGGGUAACAUGUGGUCUCAGGUCAUACACAAGCUGUGCUCCAAAUCUAGUGGCAGACCGGCUUUGCAACGCAGCUCUACGAACGAAGGCAUCCUAAUCAAUCAGGUUGACCGCCUGGAAGUGAGCCAAGUGCUUGAGGAGACCACAAUUGACAUAACAUACGAGCCAGUGCAUCCAAUGGGCGUUUGA